AUGUCCCCAGCGUCGUUCCCCUCCGAGAAGGAGACAGCUCUGUGGGACCCUUCACUUAAUCUGGAGGACAUAGAUGUGGAUUCAUUCUUUCAAGAACCUGUGAUAGCGGAAAACUACAAUCUUGCAUUUGACCCGCAAGUCUCCAGGGACGAGUUGUGGUCGCAAUACGAUGGUUACUCAGGCCCGGGCUCAGCCGAGCAAGCCCGGCCACCUCAGGACGCCCAGGUGGCCGAUCUCGCUGGGAUACCCUAUGGGAUUCCGGACAGAACGUCAACAUUUCCCUUUCGGUACCAGAUCACUAGUCCGCACCAAAAUACGGAGCUUCUGAAUGGUCAAAAUUUGCAUGAGACGAACAUCAACCCCAGGAAUGCUCAUUUGAAUGUUCACCCCCUUGUAAAUCCAGAAGCAGCGUACUUUCAACAGGCGCAGCUCACUCCAACUUUUGCGGCCCCAUAUCAAGUGCCGUACCGCGAAGGGACUCCUUCAUUGGCAAGUGAACCUUCCACAGUUACUGCACCGCAUCCUGCUAGUCCUUCCGGUCAAGGGGCAUCGAAAUUCCCUUGCCCUGAUUGUGCCAAGCGCUUCAACAAGAGUAAUGAUUUGAAACGGCACGUACAAACCAAGCAUACCAGCGACGGUCCAUACUUCAUGUGCAAGUGUGGAUACUCGAAUACGCGGAAGGACAAUUACAAGCGCCAUGUUCUAACAUGCAAGAACGACGAAAGCGACGUAUCAUAUGCUUGCAUAUGCUCGCAUCUGAGCAGCAGCAAGGAACGUCAUCUGGUGCAUAUCGUCCCAUGCAACGUCGGCUUUCAUGGCAAGGCUGGCCGCCCACGUUCUCAAACGGUUGCGGCCGACCACUCAGGGUACCUGGAACUGAGUUACCUGCUUGAAUAG